AUGGAGGAAAACGGAGAGCAGAAAGGAUACAUUCGUUUGUCGUACUUAGCUGCGGGAGCCAUUUUGCUCGUUUUCGUUUUUUGUCUUCUGGCGGUUGGAUUGGGCGUACAUUAUGGCGAAAUGUCGAAUGCCAUAGUUGCCACUACUUCUGCAACAGAAAAAACUACUACCACAUCGGCUCCGAUCGCAACAACAACUGAAACUCCUCUGAAUCCAUCUGACUGGCGCCUUCCAGAUACAAUAGUUCCUUCUGAAUAUGAUCUCCAAGUGCGGCCGUAUCUUCCGUCUUCUAGCGUUACCUACGAACCAAGUAAAAACUUCACCUUCGAUGCCAACGUUACCAUCAAAAUGAUAUGCAAGAAGGAAGCAGAGACGAUUGUAAUGAACCUGAAAAAUUUAAUAAUUGACUAUAUCAAACUUGAAAAAGCAAAUGGGUCGCCCAUCAAGCUGCAACAAAAUCCGUACAGCAUUGAUAAAACUUUAGAAAGAGUAACCGUUUUUCCAGAACAAAAGCUUUUGACGAACCAUUCCUACAUCAUGACAAUAACUUACCGUGGCAUACUAAGUGACAGCCUAGGUGGAUUCUAUCGCAGCAAGUAUGAAGAGAACGGAAAAACAAAUUUCAUUAAUGAAUUUUGUCUUAGGUGGCUUGCAGUUACGCAUUUCGAGUGUUGCAACGCACGGGCCGCGCUUCCAUGUUUCGACUCGCCGGAAUUCAAAGCAAGCUUCCGAGUAACAAUCAUUCAUCCAAAAGACAUGGUAGCUUUAUCGAACGAAGAUUUAGAAAGCCGUUCCUUAAAAUGUUUCUUCAGAGAACCAGGAGGUUGGAACCGUGUCGUGUUUCAUCCAACGCCAAGAAUGUCUUCGUACUUAUUAGCGUUCACAGUAAAUGCAUUUGAAAAAAGAACAUCUUUCACAGAAAGCGAUCCCCAAGUCAUGUUCAGAGUUUGGUCACCACCGGGUGCACAGAAUGAAACUCUUUUUGCAACAAUGUCCGGACCUACGGUUCUGGAUUAUUAUGGAAAAUAUUUCAAUGAACAGUUUCCACUGCCUAAGCAGGGUCAAAUUUUGAAAACAUUGUUCAAUCCAUAA